CCGGUUCGACACCCGGCGGGUUACACCCUAUAUAAUAUGUUUAUUGAUGGUUCGCGAAUAAAACCCAAACAGCCCAGCUCUCAGCUAUUCCCAUAAAAAGUGUCUAUUAUCGUUACCAAACAGGCUUGAAUCAUGUGUCUUCCCAAAGAGAAGAGCAUCGAACCUUCCGAUCCUCUGCUUCUGUUCCUCUCCCUUUCCCUUCACAUAUUAAUUCUUUGCAUGUAGAUGCUUCGAUCGAAGAUAGGGAGAAGCAGAUGUGGUUGACUGUGGUCAUUAGCUUUGAAUCCUUCCAGGUAAGUGAGUAUGGGGUGCUGGGCUUGUCAGUUGAGGAGUGUGUGAAGAAAUUGCACAAAGGUGUGAUGGAAAUGGAAGAAGUGCAGCUAACGUCAAAUUCUCUACACAGAAUGUUGUUAGCCUUUAGUGAGCAGACAAAAGGUCAAAAAUUUCCAGCUAAUGCAUUUGAUCAAGAAACUCUUAAGAUGGUUAUGGACAGGUGUGAAGGGAAGGAACUUACACAUCCUAUUCAGAAUCUCCUUGGUGGAGAGCUUGUUCACGCAAUGCUCAUCCAGGUUCAAAAGCUAAAUAUCUUAGCAUAGAUGGUUCAAUUUCAUGGACAUUUUAGUUUGUCUCAAUAUUCUUACUUACUUAAAGUGCUUGUUUAAAUAGGGCAAUGCUUGAACUUGAUCAGAUUCUUUGGGCAAAUGGAAUAAACUUUGCGAUUCUAGCUGCUUUGCCUGCAUUCUUUCUAUCUCUUAUUUUGAUCAUGUCAGUCUGCGCAUGCUUAAAACAGGAUACAAGAGCAGAAGGCAAGGGAAGAGUUGCUCGUAUCUAGAGGAGGCUACUUAUUGUGGAGGUUGAGAAAACGGUAAUGAAGUACCUAGCCUAUCUUGACCAGCAGCGUUGUAAUACAGUUCUGCUCCACAGCAUUUGGGUAUUAUGCUCAAGCAACUGCUGCACAAGAAAUAUUUGGCCAUACA